AUGCCCGUAAUAGGGCUAGGGACAUGGCGGCUUCGCGGAGAUAGGCUGCGAUCUGGGGUCUUCGGGGCGCUUCACGAGCGAUACGGUUUGAUUGACACCGCAUCAGUGUACGGGAAUGAGGAGGAGAUCCGGCAGCUCCUCAAGGAGGCGGGAAACCCCAGGGUAUUCUUGACCUCCAAGCUGAAGCCCGAAGACGCCCAGGGAACUGAAGCAGUUCUGAAAGCAUUUGAAGGCACAAUCGAGCGGCUAGGAGUGGAGCAGCUCGACCUGUACCUAAUACAUUGGCCAGGCAGCGGCGGGGUGGACGCCAACAGCCCAGCAAACAGGCAGAGGCGGCUGGAGAGUUGGCGCGCCUUAGAGCAGUUGUAUGAGAAGAAAAAGGUCCGGGCGAUUGGGGUGUCGAAUUUCUUGGUGCCGCACAUCGAGCAGCUGAUGGAGGAUGGCGCGAAGAUCAUGCCAAUGGUCAAUCAGCUUGAGUGGCACCCAAUGUGUUGGGUCCCGGACUUGAUUCCGUUCGCAAAGAAGCACAGUAUAGUACUCCAGGCCUACUCCUCGCUUGGAUCCGGGGAAAACAGAUUGCUUGACCACCCGGUGGUGAAAGAGAUCGCGAAGGAAAUUAAUCAGCCACCCAGCGUGGUGCUUUUGGGGUGGCCUCGUCAGCAGGGGCUGCUGAUCAUACCGUGCAGCACAUCCCAGGAACACCUGAAGGAAAAUUUGGCAGCGCUGACUGUGCAGCUGUCGGAAGAUCAGAUGAAGAGACUUGGCGCCAUUCAUGAAGAUGUCAAGCACCGUUUCUGCUGGGACCCUAACACCAUUGCAUAG